AUGGGAGAUGUACCUCCUCAGCCUCUUAACCCGACAUCCUCCCCCUUCAAUCUCACUGAUGUUGACCGCCAUGUCCUCUCUCAGACGGAUGAUGAGUUCGUCUAUCACGAUUGGGCUGAUCUCAAGAGCAUCAUAGCCGCAAAUAACCUUGAAGUAUUCAGGCGCAAGCCCAGUGACCUACGGCGCUACAUCGCAUGGACCACGGACAUUAAGGCGCAGUACGGAUCGAUCACAAAUUACAUCUGUAAGGAGCGGCUGCGAUGGCAGCUUGAUAGUUCUACUCCUCAGGCCUUUCAGUGCCGAAACCCAAUUCCUUUUGCAGAUCCCAGUGAUUACAAGAUCCUGCGCAAUGACUGGCCCUACGGCGUCACUUCAGAUAUCACGCAUCUAGUGAUAUGGCUCAAAAAUAGUAUCCCUGUUAGGGAAGACAGCGGGGAUAUGACUGAGGAAUCGCGUACCCUCAUUAAUGAUUUUGUUAUGCGAACGUUUGUUGCUAGGCUUGAGAAGCUCUUUCGUGAUGCGAAAGAUAGGGUUUUGUGGUUCAAGAAUUGGACAUCCCUACAGAGCGUGAGAGCGGUUGAGCAUGUCCAUGUCGUUGUACGGGAUGUCCCUGAUGAGAUUAUUACUGAGUGGACUGGAGAACAUGCAAGAACUUAG